AUGACAUCAAUGGCUCUUGAAAAGGGUAUUAAGGUGAUUCUCAUUGGCCCUACUCUACACGACCAAGCUGCGAACAAAAGGGUGUUUCAAGAUGGCACAAUUGCAAGUUCCGCCAAGAAUAGAAAGUACUCUCAGGCAGUGGAACUGGUAGCUCAAGAGUUAAAUGUUCCUUUUAUUGACUUGUGGAGCGCUUUUGUCCGCGAAGGUGGAUUUGAAGAGGAAAAGAUACUAGAUAAUUCGGUCUCCUGUGAGGAGUUUCUUCCUGAUGGGAUCCAUUUUUCUCCCGCAGCUUACAGGGUAUUGUACAAUGAGAUCAUUAACUGCAUUAGUAGUAACUAUCCUGAAAUGAAGUCGGAGGCUCUUCAGCGGAAACUCAGGGAAUGGAGGGACGUUGACGGUGACAACAUCCAAAGGCUGGUUUUCCGUCUCGACUAA